CAUUUUUCUUUCUAAUUUCUGUUCUAACAAAAAUGGCAACUCUAGGAAAUUGUGAAUCUCCUGGAUGUACGAAUAGUGCAAAAUUACAAUGUCCUACUUGUAUAAAAUUAGGAAUACAAGGCUCUUUUUUCUGCUCCCAAGAAUGUUUCAAAAAUAAUUGGAAAACUCACAAAAUUAUUCAUUCUUUAGCCAAAGGAGAAAGUGUUGAUGGAAAAAAAGAAACUGCAUAUAAUCCAUGGCCCUACUACAAUUUUACAGGGAAACUUCGUCCUUUUCCUCAAUCUGAGAAACGGACAGUGCCUUUGAGUAUUGGCAGACCAGAUUAUGCUGAUCACCCACAAGGAUUUUCUGUAAGCGAACAAGCUGUUAAAGGAUCUGGACAUAUUAAAGUUCUAGAUGAUGAAGAAAUUGAAGGUAUGAAAGUAGCUUGCAAGCUAGGACGUGAAGUCUUGGAUGAAGCCGCUAGAGUUUGCGAUGUUGGUGUCACUACUGAUGAAAUAGACCGUAUUGUCCAUGAAGCUUGUAUAGAAAGAGAUUGUUAUCCGUCUCCCUUGAAUUACUACCAGUUUCCUGCUUCUUGUUGUACAUCAGUUAAUGAAGUAAUUUGUCAUGGAAUACCAGACACAAGGCCUUUAAAGGAUGGAGAUUUAUGCAAUGUAGAUAUUACUGUUUAUCAUAAGGAGUUUCAUGGAGAUUUGAAUGAAACUUUUUUUGUUGGAAAUGUCAGUGAAAAACAUAAAAAUCUGGUAAAAGUGACUCAUGAGUGUUUAAUGAAAGCUAUUGAAAUUGUUAAGCCAGGAGAAAAGUACAGAGAAAUUGGAAAUGUUAUCCAAAAGCAUGCACAGGCACAUGGUUAUUCUGUUGUAAGAAGUUACUGUGGACAUGGUAUACACAGACUCUUCCACACUGCUCCUAAUGUACCACAUUAUGCUAAAAAUCGUGCUAUAGGGGUAAUGAAACCCGGCCAUUGCUUUACAAUAGAACCCAUGAUUUCUGAAGGUACUUGGAGAGAUGAAAUUUGGCCUGAUAAAUGGACUGCCGUAACAGCGGAUGGUCAAUGGUCAGCUCAAUUUGAACACACUCUGCUGGUUAAUGAGACAGGUUGUGAAAUCUUAACUCGUAGAAGAGAAAAAAACGGUCAACCCCAUUUCUUGGAUAAAAUGUAACAAAAUAUAUUUUUUAUAUCAAGAUCCUGUAAAGUUUUGUCGUACUUUUUUUAUUUUUGGUACUGUUGUCAUAUUAGAUAUGAAAAGUAUAUACCUCUUUCUGUUCUUUCAAAUUUGUUGUGCAAAGUUUGUUACUGAUUUAUUUGUUAUUAUAUAGACCAGUUCAAUUAUAAAUGUUAGGAACUGAGUACUUCUGAUAUAAUAUUUAAUGUGGAAAAUUAUUGCAAGUUUAUAAUUGUUGCAUAUUGGGUUUUUCUGCUGUAAUGACUAAUGUGAAAACAUCAUUAUAAAAUUAUUUCGUUUUGCGCAAUAAAAUCUUUAAAUGAAUUUUU